UUAUUUUCUUCCUGAAAUUAAUGUCUGAUGCAAAAUUUUAUAAGCCUUCCAAGUCCAUAAUGUUUAAGUCACCAUCUUAAUUUUUGUUCAAGAUAUUUUGAUUUUAGGAAAGCUGUGUUUCAAUCCACUAACAAUUUUUGACGGUAGGGUAGUAAUUAUUUUUUUAGCUCCAAUUAAAUGUUUUAAGAGCCAUUGUAAUAAGUAUAUAUUCUUCUUUUAAUUUCAGUAACAAACUGCAUAGAAUUGAAGUUAAUUCAAUUUCAAAUAUUUCAAGAAAUGAAGAUAGCAUUUUUAUUCCUAUUGAGUUUACUUUGUAUUUGUGAAAGUAGUAAUAAUAACUUAAAUCUCUCACAAUGUUUAAUGUGCUUAAAAGCAUUUUUGAAGACAGAAUUAAAUACAUUUCAUCAAGUAAUGAUCUUUACGAAUAAUACCGAAAAAGUAAAUAACGAAGAAAUAUUAUCGCUUUUGAUGAGUAAAACAUCUGUACUGCAGGUAGAUUUUCGAAAUUCUACAGAGGAACUACUUAUACAUUCAAAAAUGAUUCGAAUGGUGAAAGAACCGGAAUUAACGACAUUGUUCGUAAUCGUUAAUUACAUUGAAACAUCUGAAGAUGUUACAAAACUGACUAAAGCAAUCAAUUUAAUAAAGUCAGCAUCUUAUAAGAAUGGACAUCCAACAUGCUUGUUUCUUCUUUAUUCAAAACAAAGGGAUUUAAGAUUUGAAAAAUUUCUGACCACCAUGUGGAAUAAGAAAUUCUUGGAUGUAACGAUUCUACACAUUGUGGCAGAAAAUGAAGAUAAAACUAAAAAUUCAUUACUGAGUAAUGAACAAUUUUUUGCUAAUGUCCAUCAAUUUAAUCCUUAUUUGAAGAAAACUACAUACAAAAAUUGUUCCACUAGUGUCGAAAUGUUUUCUGAUAAGUUACAUAAUUUAAAUGGAUAUAAGAUAAAAUUUGGUACGUACAAUCAACCAUUUACAAAUUAUGUAAAAAUGAAUGCAACUGGUUAUCCUGUAGAAAUGAGAGGUUUUGUUAUUUCAUAUGCUAGACUUUUAUCGCAAGUGAUGAAUUUUAAACUCGCAUUUGUUCCAUCAAAUGAAAAAGCUUUUGGAACAUUUGACUGCUACAACAAAAGUCGUACAACUGGUUAUUUUAACCAACUAGCAUACAAUAAGAUUCAAAUUGCUGCUUUUAAUUCAUUAUUGCUUCGUAAUUGCGAGUACAGUUACGUGAUUUUGGGUAGGAUAGAAAUAAUCGUUCUUGUUCCUAUUAUAAUGGAAAAUGAUAAGGAGAUUGAGGGAAAAUUAUUAUUUUCCCUGACUACUCCAAUGAUCCUCAUAAUUCUGCUGUCAGUUUGGAUAAUUACUAGAAUUUUGAAAUUUGACCGUCACAACUGGAAACUUAUGUACAUUAUCCAGAUGAUUCUACAAUUGUGUGCUCCUCGGGAACCGCGGAAAUUAAGAGAGAGAUUAAUUUAUUGUUAUUUACUCAUUGUAAGUACUGUAAUUUCUUCGAACUUAUUUGGAGCAUUGACGGGCCUGAAAUUUAGCAAUGAGAAAGAAUUAAUUUUUGAUACAAUCAGGGACGUACAUGAAUCUUAUUUGCAGCCAAUUGGAUUUCUAGGGAUAAAUCGAGUUGGUAAUACUUUUGCAGACAAUGAAAUCAAAAGAGAGUUUACGAAAAAACAUAUCGGAUUUGUAGAUUUUGUUGACAUUUGCGCACAACACAUUGUAAAAUAUAGAAAUAUUAGUUGUACAAUGCAAAAUAAUGAGGCGGAAAUAAUUAUUCGAAACACAAGAAAUGAGAAUGGAAAGCCACAAACUAAAAUUGUUAAAGAAAGUAUGUCUACUACCUGAAGUGCCAUUUAUCUUGAAAUUAAUUCACCGUAUUCCCUAAGGUUUGAAUACAUUUUGCAAAGAGCGGCACAAGCUGGUUUAGUUGAAAAGUGGAAGCAGGAUGACACACGUUUUUUCAGUACGCCGAAUAUAGAUUACGAUCUGAAAGAAAUUUUUCCAACUACAGAGAAGAAACUUCUUUUACUUAUAAUAGGGAUAUCUAUUCUGGGAUAUUCACUUUCUGUUGUUGUAUUUUCUUUAGAAAUUUUUAUUUUCAAAUUUUUGCAUUAGUGUAAUAAAUAACUGUCUUGUGAGAAGGAAAUUGUUUGAAAAAAAUAACUUGAGCAUUUUGUACUACUCUGAAGAAAUAAGACCUUACUAACCAGGGACGUUAGGUUUACUAAUGAUAAGAGAAAUAUUGUUAUGUAAAAGUAAUACAAAAUAUAAUACUCGGAGUCACGAUGUCAUACACAGAGGAAAUAGCAGUAAAUCAAUAUUGUAUUACCUAUUCACUGAAACUAAUGAAUAAAUAUUAUUUAAUCAACUACACUUCUAUUAUUAAUUGGUUUUUUAUUAAAGUUUUUACCCAAGAAAUUGAAACAGGAAUUUUAUUUAUGUGUGAAUAAUCUAAUAAAAUUCGACGCCUCACGCGGUCGAGUUCGUGACUGUGUGGCUUCAAUUUAAAUGUUAUAAUAAUUAAUUAAUUAAAUUAAAAUAAUAAACCGCGGGCGCCAUGCCAGUCGACAGAAGGUCGACAGGGUAAAAUUACAAGAACUUUCAUUUUAGGAGACUUUAACAAAUUUUAUUAAAAGAAAAAUGGGAAAAAUGUAAUAGUAAUUAUAAAUCUGAUUCAUUAUUAUAAAUAUUAUAAAUUCAAUUCGAUAUUUCUCUCGUUAGGUGGCCACAACACAUUCAAUCUUUCCAAAUUUCUCACAACACGUGGACGACCUAAGAAUGCGGUUUUGUCGACAACGCGUGACGAUACAAUUAAAUUCGUCUAACUAAACAAUUACUAACUGAAACAAUUCAAAUCAUACGUUAGUUCAAAAAAUACAUAUAUAUAAAAACAAAUAAAAAUCAAAAUAAUAAAAAUGUUAAGUAGGUUCCUCACAUUAAACGCUCAAUGUAAUAUUGUGGAAUUUUAGUUUUUAUUGUCGACCAUUUACAAAAUUAAAGAAUUAAACAAAACGUUUCUAUAUUUAAGUAUAAAAAUAAAUAUUAUCUCUUUUAAGUCAUUCGACUUCGUCGAAAUUUAAACAAAACUUAUCUGUAUGUAUGUAAGUACAAAAAAUAAACAUUAUCUUCAUUAAGUCGUUCGACUUCGUAAUAUGAAACAAAAAAGAACAUCUUUUAAUCCUUCGAUGAACUGUGCCUCACUCUGGAAGUUCCUCCAUAAUCUCAUUCAAAGACUUGAUGGUCUGUGGAGUAAGCAAUGCACGAAUGGCUCUCUGGAAUUUCUCUUCAGAAAGUUCUAAUAACGACUUUAUUUGACUUCUAAUAUGACUUUAUUUUAUUAAAAAUCGUUGACUGAUUUCAAAGCGUUUUCUCUGAUUAAAAACUUCCUAAUUUUUUUAGGCAAUUCAGAUUUGUCGUUGAACUUCGCCUUUAUUCGGUGCCUCAAAUCUUUGAUUUUAUCAUCGAUCAUAUACCGAUGAUCCGCUGGAACCAUAAAAUAAAAGUCGGUCAUGUUGCAUAAUUUAACCGCAAAUAGUCGACCAAGCCUGCAUGUCUGAUGUUGCAGUCAGGACACUCUGGGGGUCGACUCUGUAACUUUCCACCCUCACUUCCCACUCCCACUAUUCACUCUUACUUCCCACACCUACCUCCUACUUUCCACUCCCACUAUUCACUCUCACUUUCCACACCUACUUCCCACUAUCCAUUCUCACUAUUCACUUUCCACCUUCCGCUUCCCACUCCCACCUUCCACUUCCUACUUUCCAGUCCCACUUUCCACUCUCACGUCCCACCUUCCACUGCCCACUUUCCUCUCUCACUAUUCACUUUCCACCUUCCGCUUCCCACUCCCUCCUUCCACUUCCUACUUUCCAGUCCUCUUUCCACUCUCACGUCCCACCUUCCACUGCCCACUCUCACUAUACACUUCCCACCUUUCACUCCCACUUCCCACCUUCCUCUCAUCGUUAAUCACAGUUUCAUUUAAAAGUGGGAUUGGUGUGUGAGAUUGGAAAGGCCUAAGCACAACUGAGUCUGGUUCGGGAGACGGUUACGGGAUAUGUAACAUUUACAUAUAUUUUGAGGUUAGGAAGCCCAUAUCCCGCAGUCGUCUCAAGCACCCGACUCAAUUGUGCUUAGGGCUGAAGGGGGAAGUGAGAAUGGUGUGUGAGAGUGGAAGGUGGGAAGUGGAAGUAGAAAGUGGGAAGUGAGAAUGUGAAGUGGGAGUGGAAAGUAAGUGUGAAAGGUGGGAAGUGGAAAGUGAGAGUGUGAAGUGGGAGUAGGAAAGUUAAAGAAUCGACCCCUGGACAGUACUGAAAUUCGUCUCUUCCGCAGGCGGUACAGCGUCCCAGAAUUUGCUCAUGUUCGACUCCGUGGGGAAAUAUGCAAGCCACCGUGUCAUAUCCUUCCGCUCCGCAAAAAGUACAGAAGCUUGGGUGAUAUGGUAAUGGACAUUCUCUAAAUUUAUGUUCCCGUGAUCUGCAGUUGACACAUCCUGGUACAAUUUGCUUGGCAACUUGAGUAACAUUGGUCUGGGUUGAACGAUCCACCAUCUUGGACUCCUUUUUCUCAAAAAGCAGCCUUGCUCUCAUAGUAAUCAUAUCGCGCAGAAGUUCCUGGCUAAUGAUUCUACAGUCGACAAAGUAUAAUGGUUGUUGAGCGUCUUCUGGAUUCAAUAAUCCUCCCACUCCAAGUUCCUAUAUUACCUCACAAAAGCUAGGUAGACAGAAUGGAAGUGGUUUCUCCGGAACCGAUGGUGCCAAUUCCACUCCAGGAAAAUUGACCAUUGUCAGUUGUUUCUCCGUUGUCUUGGAUUUUUGCAUAGGAUGGUUGUCAUUUGACGACCUUUUCCUCCUCUCGUUCUCAGCCUGUAUUUGAUCUGGGUAGACUCUUUCCACUCUUCUCACCUUAAGCUGAGAUGACUUCCAAUUUCGAAUUUUUGAUAGAAACAUGUUGACCUGUUCUGAUUACCUUUCCCCUUGAGAUACUCCAACUCACGCCUUUGAGCCUCGAAAUUCUUUUGUAACGUCGUCAUUGCCUCCUCCAUUAUCUUCUUCUGAAGCUGCAAAUUCUCCAAUUGGUUGACUUAACUUUUUGUUUGGAUAGUAAACCUCCAUACCAUUCUUCAGCUCAGUCCAAGUCCUUAUCAGUCGACUGUCUCAAGUUUUUUACGAUAGCCUCCCUCCCGUGGAUUAAAAAGAAAGGAGAGAUCCUAGUUCCUGUAUGUGGUACCGUAUUGUAUACCAAUUGUAACUUUGAUAAAUUUUCAUCUCACUCUUUGUGAUCAUGCAUUAGGAAGGCAGCGAUCAUAGUUUUAAUGGUUCGAUUAAACCUUUCGACCGGAUUAGCUUGAAGGUGUUUUAUCGGUGUUGUUAUUUGUUUAACCCCUCUUGCUUUCAAGUAUGAUCCCACUUCCCCAUUAACAAAUUCCUUUCCGUUAUCAGUCACAACGGCGUUAGGUGUACCCCAACGAUCAAAAACUGUAUCAAGAACUUUAACAACCGUCUUCCCAUUUCUUGUACGUAUUUUCAGGAAUCUUGGUUUGGCGAAUUUACUUCAUGGAGAGAAUGGUUAAUCAGAGUAGCCGAUAAAACGAAAUAUCAGUGAAAAAUUUGUUCUAAAGUAAUGAUUUGUGGAAAGGCAAAUAUUAAAAGACAUGAGUCUUCUUCUAUGCAUCAAACAAAUCUUAAAUUUUAUGAAAAAUCGAAAUCUUUAAAUCUUAAAUCGAAAUGAAGAGGCUACUCUAACUAACCAUUCAGAUCGUGAUCAGGAAGUUGCAGUAACUAAUCAUAAUAACUGCAUUAUUUUUGGAACAUAACAUACCAUUUAAAGUGUCUUCAGAAGUAAUUCAGAUUUUCAAGGAUAUGGAUCCUCUCGUACUAAAAGCAGUAAAAUUAGGUCGGUCUAAAAAGACUGCUAUUGCAAAUAAUGUUCUCUGCAAAGUCGAGGAAAAUUGAAUUGCUAAUGUUUUAAAAGAAACCCCUUUUUCAGUAUAUGUAGAUGAAACCAGUGAUAUAAGCAAUAAGAAAUGGUUACCAGUUUUAAUUAGAUAUGUAGAACCCUUAACAUUUAAAAUCAGAGUAGAGUUUACAAUUUAAAUAUUUAAUGUCGUUAAUAAUAGAGAAGAAACACUUCGAUUGUUUGCCACUGUCUAGGUUUACAGUAGUCCAAUAAAAAAAUUUACAAAAUCUAAAAUGGCGGAUCCAAAAUGUCGGACAACUUUUUUGAAAAUCUAUCCAUUUGACCUGAAUCCUGUUACUAUGAGGUUUUCGGGUUCGCUGAUUACGAAUCUGAUGUUAGUUUUUCAAAAUACAAAAUGAAGAGUUUCGAAUUUAAAAAUUUUCUUGAAUAUGAUAUCGACUUCGUAAUCAACGACGUAGAAAACCUCUAAAUAAGGAGGUUAUGACGAAAAUUGUAUUAAUUUAAAAAAACGGGCUUUAAAGGGUUAACAUAACUUAUAGUCUUAUUGUAAUUUUUGUUUUUAAAUUUUUUGCAACUUU